UUGCAAGACACACAACCCCCAUGAACCAAACCUAUCCCACUGGUGUUACUGCUGUCAGUGUGGAUUGACUAAGAAAAGAGAAGUUGCUCAACAGGAAACACAGACACAAUCAAACAUUUCACAUGUUAAUCUGUCUGUCCGUCUACCUAUCUAUUAUAUUCAUUGGAGCACCAUCUCAACACCAUGUCUCUCCUUUUAGGGAUUGGAUUGCUGACCUGCAUAACAUCAUCAGAGCCCAGUGCUGAGACCUCUGUGUUUGUGCUGAAGGGACAGGAUGUUCGCCUGAAUGUCCAGACAAAUGUUCAACUGAAAGAUGUUGAUGUGAUAUUUUGGAAGUUUAACAGAUCAGACAAUGUUGUAAUGUACCCCCGAAAGGUUACCUUUGAAAGGUACCGAGGUAGGGCUGAAUUGAUUGUGGGAGACUUCUCUCUGCUACUGAAGAACCUCCAGGAAGAAGACAGUGGACUUUAUGAUGCAGUAGUGUCUGGUAUCAAUGACAGAAAUGUUGCUAGAUACGUGUUGGUAGUUCAAGAGAAAGUUGAGCCUCCAGUCCUGACAGUGAACUCUGUCUCCUCCAUCAAUGGCACCUGUAACGUGACUGUGACCUGCAGAGGUCAGAACACCUCUGUCACCUCCAGCUGUAACAGCAGCACCUGCUCUCAGGUGGGAGGAGAGAGUAGAGGGGCUGAGACCUCCACUGUCCCCCUGCUCUCUGUCUAUGUGGCAGGGGGUUCCAUCAUAUGUAACCACUGCAACCAAGUCAGCUGGGCGAACGACACCAAGGAGAUAGUGGAACUCUGUCCAUUGAAAUCUGUGUCUCCCCCUGCUGGUAGCAUGUCUGUGUGCAUGCUGAAGAUCAUCCUGGUGUCUGUGGGGCUGGUCAUCAUGAUCUCUGCUGUCAUCACUGUCCACAUCAGGCACAGAUUCCACUAUGGAUAGAAUCAUGUGUGUUGUAUUUUUUCUACCUCAGACAAAGUGAUUUAGACUCAUGCUUCAUUACUGAAAAAGUAGAGAUUCAUGAUGAUUAUUAUCAGUAUUUUGCCUCAUCUGGUUUCCUAUUUGAAAUAAUUGUUGGUCAUACUGGUCUUGGCCAGUCAGUUGACUGCUCUUCCCACAUAAAGCCUCCAGUUCCCUCGAUGGAUGAUCGAUCAGUCAACCUACUUUUGUUGACAAAUUUGACACCUUUUGGAAGCAGACAAUGCUCUAUAAGGAGGAUGGGAUCCACCCUAAUCACUUCUGUGUCUGGAUCCUGUCUCAACACUACAAGGCAGAGUUGAGGCAUUGACUGAUCAAAUCAAGCUCCUCAAAAUGUAUUUACUCCCAUUAAAUAGCAUUGAUAUCAUUCUGCCACAGCUUCUCAUGUUGAUAGGUGUAUUGUAAACAGUAAUUCUGUGCCUGCUAUUUUAAUUUCCAUUGACAGCUCUGUUAGCUCCCGUUAGCUCUGUUGUUAGCGCCACCUAUGCUAUUAAUAGUUUGACAGUAUAUCAAGCUAUUGUUUUGCUACAUUUGCUCAUAAGCAUAGUGUUAUUGUUAAUUGUUCUAUUGUACUCAUUUAUCUGAAUUCUUAUAUUAGCUCAGGAACCAGGAAGCCCAUUGUGGCUAGCUCAACCAGUUCUAUUGACUCUUGUGUCACCAUGGAUACUUCUGCUGUUUUCAAAUCUCGCAGAAGGCUUGGACUGUUACAUUAAAAUGUGCCUGAUGUCUAAACUGGACGUUCUGGGUGCAUGACACUAGUCCAGAUGUUUUGUUUAUCUCAUCAUGCAACAAUUUCAUAGAUUUUACUGAGUUACAGUUCUUAUAUGGAAAUAAGUCAAUUGAAAUAAAUAAAUUAGGUCUUAAUCUAUGGAUUUCACAUGACUGGGAAUACAGACAUACAUCUGUUGGUCACAGAUACCUUAAGAUAAAAGAUAUGGGCGUGGAUCAGAAAACCAGUCAGUAUCUGGUGUGACCACCAUUUGCCUUAUGCAGCGCGACACAUCUCCUUCGCAUAGAGUUGAUCAGGCUGUUGAUUGUGGUCUGUGAAAAUGUUGUCCCACUCCUCUUCAAUGGCUGUACAAAGUUGCUGGAUAUUGGUGGGAACUGGGACACGCUGUCGUACAUGUUGAUCCAGAGCAUCCCACACGUGCUCAAAGGGUGAAAUGUCUGAGUAUGCAGGCCGUGGAAGAACUGGGACAUUUUCAGCUUCCAGGAAUUGUGUACAGAUCCUUGCGACAUGGGGCUGGAUGGAUGGAUGGCACGACGAUGGGCCUCAGGACCUUGUCAUGGUACCUCUGUGCAUUCAAAUAAAUCAAAUGCAAUUGUGUUCGUU